CUCUAGUGGCUGUGGCUUCCCCCUGUCAUAUGGGUUGGAGAACUUUCGCCUACGUGAAAAGUUACUGUUGGUAAUGACGAGAUAUACCAUUCCUGUGGAGAAUGCUCUUAUGUGCAGUCGCCAGGCGUCCCGUGGAGCUAAAGUGAACUCCGGAUAAGGUUUAUCAUUUCUACAGUUAAACAGAUCUACAACCAGACGCCCAUCACAAUGAUGCUCGUCAGUUGGUGCUCAUUUUCAACGUUCAUGGCGGAAACCAUUUUCUUCCUCUAUAAGACGGGCGAGUCCAUGUUGGACGCGACUAUCCGCCCCUACAUCGUGCAGGCAGUGUGUAAGCACAUGUACCACAGGAACACCACGGUGUGUACCGAGAUCAGCCUGUUCCACCAGCACGAGGACAAGAUUCAGAGCGAAGCGGCCUCUUAUCUCAUGUACUACCGGAUCUUAGUGAACGUUCCCGCCAUCGUUCUUGGCUUAUUCUGUGGUGCAUGGAGUGACGAGUAUGGCCGCAAAAUCCCCAUGAUGAUUCCAAGUCUUGGAAGUGUGUUUGCUGUGAUUCUGUACCUGAUCAGUGUCCAGUACCCUGACUACUCCCUAGUCCUCAUCCUCACAGGUGCGUCAGUUCAGGGCAUCUUUGGCAAAAGUUCUGUCAUCACAAUGGCCGUGAACAGUUACGCCGCUGACAUUACGGACAAGGAUCAACGUACAAGGAAGCUAGGAAAACUCCUGGCCAUGAACUUCUUUGGUUUGUUUGCUGGCUCCCUGUUGUCUGGGACACUCCAGGAUACCACAAACAUCCAGGUGACGCUCUGUGUGGUGUCGGUCUUCCAUGCCUCGUCAGUCCUCACCACUGUCUUCUGUAUGGAGGAGUCGGUGAAGGCCACUGGAGACCCACACCGAUCCUGCUCACUGUUUAACAUCUCAGGAAUCAGGGAUUCACUGAUGGUCCUCUUCAAGAAACGUAAAGACAACACCCGCUGCAUCGUCGUCAUCCUGUUCAUCGCCACCAUCAUCAACCAGACGUGUAAGGUGGGCGAGAUGGAUGUUACUGUUCUUUUUGUUCAGAGGAGCCCUCUGUAUUGGCCGGAGUCCUGGUAUGGCUACCUCCUCUCUCUGGACUAUGCUGUCAUGGGAGUGUGCCUCCUCCUCUUCCUACCGGUUCUGUCUUCAGUCAUGAAAAUCCCGGAUGUGUUCAUUGUGAUGAUAGGUAUAGGAUGUAAGCUUGUGCGGUCUGUGUGGGCGGGCUUUUGCUCUGAGACGUGGAUGGUGUAUACUUCCGUAGUUAUAGGAGCCCUGGCUGGAAUGAUUACCUCUGCCCUGAGAUCUCUCAUGAGCAAACACGUGAGUGAGGACGAGCUUGGAAAAACCUUCUCACUUGUUGCGAGCGGAGAAACUGCCUCUAAGUUGAUAGGAACGAUUCUGUUCACAAAUAUAUAUGCCGCCUCUGUCUUCUUCUUCCCGGGUUUUGCUUAUUUAGUGGAAGCCAUGAUAUAUUUCAUCAUGUUCUUAAUGUUGAUUUGGCUUCAUAAAGAAAUACAGCUAUCUGGAUCAUAUAAUCUACUUCUAGCAUUUGCAGACAAGCGAGAGAAAUCGACAGACAAGUCCUAUAACUCCAUGAACGAGGUAAAGCGGGAGGUGGAUGAAAUUGAGAGCGAACCGCAGCAUCCACAGCCAUUACCAGCAUGUACACCCUAAAUAUCAACUCCAUAACACAUGGUGCACCACAGAGUAACACAACCCACGUACAGUCAAUAUCAACUCCAUAACACAUGGUGCAUCACAGAGUAACACAACCCACGUACAGUCAAUAUCAACUCCAUAACACAUGGUGCAUCACAGAGUAACACAACCCACGUACAGUCAAUAUCAACUCCAUAACACAUGGUGCAUCACAGAGUAACACAACCCACGUACAGUCACUUUCAACUACAUAACAGUUUAUCACACACCGCGAUCAAAUGCUAUGUCUGGCCCCUUCUAUCAGAGAUUUCUUAGGAUAAUGGAAAGGGUUCCUUGAUAAUAUUUAUCUGUCCCCAAUUCUACAUAUUCCUAUGGUGUUUGAUGUUAUUGCUUGGACACUUGAAUUAUUUUGUAAAGACAGUAUAUGGUUACACAUUACAAAUAACCUCCCCACAAAGCCGAAACCACAUGUGUUGAGGGUGGUCUCUACAACCACUUAGAACGCAGAAACGAUCAAACGUUGGUGCUGCUUCAGUUACAUGCUUCGUAUUGCAUCUGUAUGUGGCAUAUUGUGAAUGAUAGACCAAAAUAGAAAUACUACGAUUUCAUCAGUAGUGUUGCUUUUAAAGAAGUGGCCAGUAUUGGACCACAGCCCUUCUUGCCUGGCAUACCUGUGGUCGGGUCUGUGGAUUUGGUUACUCCGCGUGGUAGCCGCAACAUUUGUCUCUGGAGUUUGGGGAAUAUGCGCAAAUGUUGGGCACGUAAAAAAAUAGCUGGUUACCAAAGUUAAAGAAACAGGUCAAAGACUGAUAUGCUGAGGACGGGUAUCUUUAAAACGUUUAUUAACUGCCUCCUUCUUACCAUGGCCCACCGUGGGGAGUCUAGGCUACAGAAGCAACAAGGUUUCUAUGGGGAGUCUCGGCUACAGAAGCAACAAGGUUUCUAUGGGGAGUCUAGGCUACAGAAGCAACAAGGUUUCUAUGGGGAGUCUAGGCUACAGAAGCAACAAGGUUUCUAUGGGGAGUCUAGGCUACAGAAGCAACAAGGUUUCUAUGGGGAGUCUAGGCUACAGAAGCAACAAGGUUUCUAUGGGGAGUCUAGGCUACAGAAGCAACAAGGUUUCUAUGGGGAGUCUAGGCUACAGAAGCAACAAGGUUCCUAUGGGGAGUCUAGGCUACAGAAGCAACAAGGUUUCUAUGGGGAGUCUAGGCUACAGAAGCAACAAGGUUUCUAUGGGGAGUCUAGGCUACAGAAGCAACAAGGUUUCUAUGGGGAGUCUAGGCUACAGAAGCAGCAAGGUUUCUAUGGGGAGUCUAGGCUACAGAAGCAACAAGGUUUCUAUGGGGAGUCUAGGCUACAGAAGCAACAAGGUUUCUAUGGGGAGUCUAGGCUAUAGAAGCAACAAGGUUCUUAUGGGGAGUCUAGGCUACAGAAGCAACAAGGUUUCUAUGGGGAGUCUAGGCUACAGAAGCAACAAGGUUUCUAUGGGGAGUCUAGGCUACAGAAGCAACAAGGUUUCUAUGGGGAGUCUAGGCUACAGAAGCAGCAAGGUUUCUAUGGGGAGUCUAGGCUACAGAAGCAACAAGGUUUCUAUGGGGAGUCUAGGCUACAGAAGCAACAAGGUUUCUAUGGGGAGUCUAGGCUACAGAAGCAACAAGGUUUCUAUGGGGAGUCUAGGCUAUAGAAGCAACAAGGUUUCCCUUUUCACAGAAUACAUAACUCCCUUUACACAGAAUACAUACACUCCCUUUACACAGAAUACAUACACUCCCUUUACACAGAAUACAUACACUCCCUU